AUGUCCGUGAGGAGAUCGCCGCGACUGACUGUUGCAGCCAAAACGCGAUCAAUUGAGGAUGACCCCAAUGACAGUCCUCCCGCGAAACGCAUCAAGGCAGAACAGCAGCAUCCUACAACAGCAGUCACUCCAUCUCCACCCCCAAAGAAGACUUCACCCGCCUCGAAGAAGGCUGGCACCAAAAAAGCAAGACGCAACAACUCCAAACCGGAACCUGGAUCCAAGGCACCCCCCAAAGGAUGGGAAGAGAUUUAUUCGCUGGUAGAAGAACUGCGACAAGACAAGACGGCGCCCUUGGAUGCGGAUGGAGCCGAAGCCUUGCCCGAAACAGACCAGGGAGACAAGGGCUUUCGUUUCCAGGUGCUAAUCGCCCUCAUGCUCAGUAGCCAGACCAAAGAUCACGUCGUGGGAGAAACCAUGAGAGCGCUGCAGAAACACGGACUUUCAAUCGAGAAUAUCCACAACAAUACGCCAAAGGAACAAUUGAAUGCUCUCAUUGGAAAGGUUGGGUUUCAUAACAACAAAACAAAGUACAUCAAGGAGGCCUGCCAAGUGCUGCUGGAAAAGUACGACGGCGAUAUUCCCAGGACGGCCAAAGAGAUGAUGGAGCUCAAGGGCAUUGGUCCCAAGAUGGCGUAUCUGAUCGAAAACAUUGCUUGGGGCACGUACUCUGGUAUUGGUGUGGACACUCAUAUGCACCGUCUCUUUGUAAUGCUCAAAUGGGUCCCCGAAUCCAAAUAUCCGGAAACGACUCGAGUGCAUCUCGAAGCCUGGUUGCCUCGCGAAAAGUGGCCCACAGUGAACUACUACUGGGUUGGAUUUGGUCAGGAAGUGCAACAGCAAAAGGCCAAGAUUCUACGCAAGAGCUUGGAUUGUAGUCGUCCCUACGAAGCCCUCCGGCUGUUGAAACGAGUGGGACUGGAUCCCGUCAAGGAAGGAGACAAGGAAGGUUGGGGCGACGAAGUCCGUCUAGCCCUGAAAGAAAAGCCAAAACCCGCUCAAACGACAAGCGAGUAA